AUGUCUUCAAACUACCAAUCUGACUUCCUUCAAUUAGCUUUAGAGUCACAAGCAUUAAAAUUUGGUAAAUUCACACUCAAGUCGAACCGUGAAUCGCCAUAUUUUUUCAAUUUGGGCUUGUUUAGCACCGGUAGCUUGUUAUCCAACUUGGCAACUGCCUAUGCUGAAGCAAUCAUUGAAAGUAAAUUGAAAUUUGACAUUCUUUUUGGCCCUGCUUACAAAGGAAUACCGUUGGCCGCAAUUACAGUCGCAAAAUUAGCAGAGUUGGACCCUCAAAACUACGGCGAUGUUGGCUACUCCUUCAAUAGAAAAGAGAAAAAGGACCACGGUGAAGGAGGUUCAAUUGUUGGUCAACCUUUGGGAGGCAAGAAGAUUUUGAUCAUUGAUGACGUUAUCACUGCUGGUACUGCCAUUAAUGAAGCUUUUGAAAUAAUCUCACUGGAAAAAGGUCAAUGUGUAGGAUGCAUUAUCGCAUUGGACAGACAAGAAACAACACCGACAGACCCCACAAAAUCGGCCACUAAGGUUGUAAGCGAAAGAUAUGGAAUUCCAGUGUUGUCAAUUGUAAGCUUAACAGAGGUCAUCACCAUCUUAGAUGGCAAAAUAAGCGAUUCUGAUUUGAAAUCUAUUGAGGUGUACAGAAGUAAAUAUGGUGCCUAA